AUGGCUACAACAGCAGCAGUACAGCCCGACCAAAACCUGGUCAAGAAGGAUGCGCACCCCUUUGAGCGUGCGCAGCUGGAAGGCCUGAUGACGAAGCGUUUCUUCUACACCCAGGCGUUUGAGAUCUACGGCGGUGUAGCUGGUCUUUACGACUACGGACCAAGUGGUGCGGCGCUGCAGGCCAACAUCAUUUCGCACUGGCGUAACCAUUUCAUUAUCGAGGAAGACAUGCUCGAGUUGGAUACGACCAUCAUGACCCUCUCUGACGUGCUCAAGACGUCGGGGCAUGUGGACAAGUUCACGGACUGGAUGGUGAAGGACACGAAGAACGGUGAUAUCUACCGUGCUGACCACAUGGUCGAGAGUGUGCUGGAGGCGCGUCUGAAGGGUGACGAGGAGGCGCGUCAGAAGGAGGCGGGCGCUGCGCCGGCCGCGGCCGCUGGCGCAGCGGCCGCGGACGACAAGAAGUCGAAGAAGAAGGCCAAGGCGGUGGCCGUCAAGCUUGACGAUGAGGUGGUGCGCGAGUACAAGACGAUCCUCGCGCAGAUCGACGACUACAAUGGCGAGCAGCUCGCCGAGCUCAUCAAGAAGUACGACAUUCGUGCGCCUGCGACGGGCAACGAAGUCACAGCGCCUACCGAGUUCAACCUGAUGUUCGAAAGCAACAUCGGGCCGACCGGCCAGGUGAAGGGCUACCUGCGUCCCGAGACGGCGCAGGGCCACUUUGUGAACUUUGAGCGCCUGCUUGACUUUAACAAUGGCCGUGUGCCGUUUGCCUCGGCGCAGAUCGGCAAGAGUUUCCGGAACGAGAUUAGCCCGCGUGCGGGUCUGCUGCGUGUGCGUGAGUUUACCAUGGCGGAGAUCGAGCACUAUGUCGACCCGGAGAACAAGUCGCAUGAGCGUUUCAGCGAUGUGGCCACGUUGACGGUGCCGUUCCUCCCGGCCAAGGUGCAGAAGAGUGGCUCGACCGAGGUGCAGAAGCUGACCAUUGGCGAGGCUGUCCAGUCGGGCAUGGUCGACAACGAGACGCUGGGCUACUUUAUUGGCCGUAUCUACCUGUUCUUGGAGUCGAUCGGUAUCAACACUUCGCGCCUGCGUUUCCGCCAGCACAUGGACAAUGAGAUGGCGCACUAUGCCAGCGACUGCUGGGAUGCAGAGAUCCACACGUCGUACGGCUGGAUCGAGUGUGUCGGCUGUGCGGAUCGCAGUGCGUACGACUUGACGAUGCACAGCCAGCGCACGAAGCGUGACUUGAUGGUGCAGGAGCCGCUGAAGGAGCCCAAGGUGUACCAGAAGUACGUCCCCACCAUCAACAAGAAGGUGCUUGGCCCUCUGUUCAAGAAGAAUGCGAAGCUCAUUGAGGACACGAUCAACGCCAUGGACCAGGACCAGCUGAAGAGUAUGCAGGCCGAGCUGGAGGGUGGCAAGGCUACGCUGAAGGCGGGAGGCGAGUCGUUUGAGGUGACGAAGGAGCACGUGGAGAUCGAGUACAAGACCAUCAAGGAGAGUGUGCGCAACUUUGUGCCAAACGUGAUUGAGCCGUCGUUUGGUCUUGGACGUAUCUUCUACGCGCUGCUAGAGCACUCGUUCUGGGCGCGUGAGGAGGACAAGGAGCGCGGUGUGCUUUCGCUGCCGGCGCUGGUGGCGCCCUUCAAGGUGCUCAUUGUGCCGAUCAGCUCGAACGAGCAGCUCUCGCCGCUGGCGCGUCAGCUGAGCAACAAGCUGCGUGCGCUCGGUAUUGCGUCGCGUAUUGACGACAGCAGCGCGACGAUUGGCCGCCGCUACGCCCGUAAUGACGAGCUGGGCACGCCCUUUGCGUGCACGAUCGACUUUGCUUCGGUGUCGAAGGGCACUGUGACGUUGCGUGAGCGUGACACGACGACGCAGCGCAUCGGCAAGGUGGACGAGGUCGUGGAUGUGCUGCGUCAGCUGUGCGAGGGCCGCCUCGACUGGAAGGGUGCGUGCCAGAUCCUCCCUGCGUACACGGGUACGCAGGACGUGGACGCGUAA